AAUUACAAAAUAACAGCUUGCUUAACAAGCUCUUUUUAUUAAUAAAUAAAUUUGCAUAGAGAUCUAGGAAAUAGAAUCAUUUGUUAUAAAUCUGGAAGUUAAUCAUGCAAGGUAAAGGAUUUAGAAAUUAGAAAUUCCAUUAGGAAAUCAAUGCUAAUUAAAUAAGGAAAAAAACUUAAACGAUUUUGCCAAUGUUUCAAAGUAAAUUUUGUUCCGAAUUCCGUAGAACAUGGAAGAUUGUAUAGUCCAAAGCCUUUGUCGAUGCCAUUAAAAUAUCGGGUUUAUAAUGAAAAAGUAUUUUUAAAAAAUAAAGAUUACCCGGGACAACAAAACGGACUUUACAUCUCCUUAAAAUAUUAUUGGAGUAAAAGUUAAUUCAUCUGUCCUUUGGGACCAUUUUGAUCGGAAGUUUAUUAAAUUUUCGACAACUACUUUAAUAAGUAAAUUAUAAAACCCUGCAAACGUAACCCUGUGCUGUUGUAUUAACCAAAGGAAUUUAAAAAUCAUGAAAGUUAGCCUAGGGUAUAAAAUCACCUCGGCAGGUAAUUCUAUUUGGGAAAAUACACAAGCAUAUAUUUAUAUCAUUUGUAACGGUAAUUUGAAUAAAACGUCAGCAGUAAUUAAUUAGUGACUUUAAAAAGUCGAGACUGGAACUGAAAAACCGACCAAUAGCUAGUUAAGGGUUGUUGCUUUUAUUUCACCCUAGUUUGUGAACAAAUUGAAAGUGGCCGCACACACUAGCGCCCCUCUCGUUGCGGUCGGACCGUCGCCGGCACCGUUUCCCGUACCGUGCCGCUACCCUGUCCAUUCCGGGGGUUUAUUUUCGGUACAAGGGGUUGUAAAUCGUGAUCAAUAUGGGUACGAAGACCUCAAUGUCGGUCGAGAGUGUGCGCAAAGGGCACCGCUAAAAGGCAUGCGCUCAAUUACAGCAAAACAAUGCGAUUUUUUUUCCGGACAAUAUUCGAAUAACUAGAAAAGUGUGACGUAAAUGCAAAUGCAUCCGUGGAGUUUUAUGUGCGAGGGGGUGACAGGUGCAAGGAUUGGCAGCGGAGAUUUUUGAUGAGAAGCAGGAAAAGGUUUGACACUUCUGAGAAUGUGGAGUUCAGUAAUUCCUCAAGACGUAGAAAGUGCCUCUCCUUCGGCGAGGUCUAAACAUAGCGCUACCUUGGUUGGAAAUUAUGUUUACGUAUUGGGUGGAAGGAAUGGCAAUUUACCGAUGAAAGACUUUUGGAGAUAUAAUUUAGUGACUGGAAAAUGGCAACAACUGAAACCCAGCGGGGAUAAACUACCCUGUUUGCAAGAACACUCGGCGGUCGUAUAUAAAGACUGCAUAUACGUGUUCGGAGGAGAAGUGAGCUUUUCAGCCGGGGGCGAAACACCCUUAUGGGUGUACGAUAUUAAGAAUAAUAGCUGGAAGAAGAUACAAUCAAAAAAUGGAACAGCUACUCCUAAAGGACGUAGAGGACACACUGCACUGGUACAUAAAGGCAAAAUGUUUAUUUACGGUGGUUAUCAAGAUUUACGGGGUUCAUGCAGUGAAUUAUGGACUUUCAACUUUGAAACCUAUUCGUGGCAUCUUCUCUCAAGUUCAUCACCGAAAAAAUAUAACACUGACACCUGUCCACCAGGAAGACAUAAACACUCUGCCGUGCUACAUAACGACAGUAUUUGGAUAUAUGGCGGAAUGACUGAUUUACAGGAACGGGCUGACUUUUGGAAAUGGGACACCACCAUGAACAGCUGGACUUGUAUCAAAACAAAAAUUAGUCCUGGACCAUUGCACAGCCAUGCCGCUUGCAGAUUACCUUCCUCGAUGAUUAUAUUUGGAGGUGAACGGGAUGGCCACCCAACUAAUGAUCUUUGGAAGUACAGCUUUUGUACUGAAACUUGGGAGAAGAUUAUAAUUUCCGGCGUCAAACCUCAGCCACGGGCAGAAACUGUAGCGUUUGCGGUUUCAGAAUUCCUCUUGGAAAAUAAAAAGUCCAUUCCGACAGAUCAUCAGAGUUUGGUCAGACACCGCCCGAGAACUUGCAAUUCAGUGGACAGGAACAACAGGCAUUCCUCGUACAUCCCCAAUAAUAAAGUAGACACGAUCGAAAAGACUUACACGUUUAAGGCAACCGAAUCCAAUUACGUUGAUGGCAGCCAGAAUGGAGCAAUGGAUAAGUCAUCUCGUUACAGUAAAAACAGUUUCCUAGACGAAAUAACAAAGUUGUCGCAACUGAACAUUCCUAAACUAAAUACUAAAUGCAACUAUACCGUCCUGGGAUGCAACAAAACUGAAAGCACGGAAAGUCUUUUGAGACAAUUUGCAUCACCUACAGUUGGCUUUGAUAACGAUGUGGACGAUAGUGAAAUCACAACACCCACCAGAGGAACGAUGGUAAAAUCCAAAUCAGCAUUCGUCAUUAAGCGAAAAGACAUCAGUCCCAUUUCUCCAGAAGACGAGAAAAUUGUACAGAGAAUCCCUAAACAUGUUGAAUUUGCAAGUGGCUCGAACAAGAUACCUAGGGAACCGAUAUCGGUACCAAACUUCACUUUACUCACACUUCCAACACCGUCAUUAACACCAGUAGAAGCAGCUCGUCUGGUUUUUCUGGAUACAGAUGACGAUGAAAGCGAUAACGAGUUCGUGCCCCCAAAAUUUCAAGAACCUCCUCAGCCUGACCCUAACAUUCCCAAAGAUAACGCUCUUCAAACCCUUCAGCCUGACAAGAGAGAGGGAAGUUAUAAUUCCCACUUGAGUUACGCUGACAACCCCCUUUACCAACAUAUAAUUGAAGGCAAAAAAUUCCAGAGUUUUAAUGACGGCAAUGAAAACGUUUCUGCAACAUCAGAUUAUUCAAGUAUUGAAACAGUUAAUAGAUUGUCAUCGGCAAGUUGCUACAGCGUCAAAGUUCAAGCUCACAUAGAAUCGUCCAAGUUUAAUAAGAAAGAUGACCGUUUUGGGUUUUGCAACCCCAAUUACAUGGGACCAGAUAUAAAAACGAUAACCAAUAACGAAAAAAUCCAGAUUUGCAAGAUGCUCAACACACCUGACAGUUUGCUGGAAGAAUCCAAACAAGGGGAGGCAACAAAGAGCAACGCUCAUAAAGAAGAAUUAGAAUUUCAAGAAUUAGAUGGAAAAAUCAACAAAGUUGUUUACAGAAACGCUUCUUGUAAAAGUCCAUUACCUCCAAAGUCUUUGCCCCUAGAGAAGACAUAUUCUCAAACAAAAGACAACACCAAACACAGAGCAAAUAGUGCAAGUCGAGUGGAGAAACAAAUUAAUAAAAUUGAGACCGUCAAAAGAGUAAAUGCCAACGUUCGCGUCCGUCCCAUAAAAGACGACUUCAUCCCCUUGUACGUUUUCAUAGUAGGCGGCAAAGAACAGGGCCAGGUGACUGUUUUCAAGAGACCGCUCUCAAUUUGGAAGCUCAAGUUAUACUAGAAGUACUGACGUAGGAAAUAAAAAUCAAGUGUUUUAGAACAUCAGGUCACAUUCUCAAAUGUUAAAUAUUUAAAUACCGUGCCAAAAAAUUUUAUAGUGUCAGUUGUAGAUAGUCACAUUUUGAACAAAAUAAGUAUUAUUAGAAUAAAGGUUGUUAUGCAUUG